AUGGAUUGGAUGCGGACCAUCGAGCCCGACGUCAUGAUAAAUGAUGACCAAUUGACAGCUGCGCUGCAGCACUUGCUCAUUUCCGUCGAGAAAGGAAUUGAACGACUAGAGUGGAACAGCGUCUCAAGACCUUGGACACACACUUCUAGCACAUCUCCAAGUUCCUCUUUUCCGAGAUGUUGCCACUCCAGUUUAUCUCCGGUUGAUACGAAGGACUCCUCCGUCCAGACCUCUCUCCAGGAUGAUGAUGUUGACGUCCAGUCUGAUGACACUAAAUCCUCCCUACCAUCAAGGCCCAGUUUGGACACGAAAUCGGCCGCAAAUUUUUCUGCAUUGCCGAAUGAAAACUCUAAUGUUUCUGUGUGUGAAAGGAAUUACAUUCCGAAUUGCGAGAGCAUAGCUACUCAAACGUCAACAGAAUUCUCAUCCACAAAAAUACCUGAUUUGCGGGAUCCGAGCAGUGAUCUGAUGUUUGCUCUUCCUCCUCUUGCUGUUCGGGAGGAAGAUCCGGACGAUGGCUAUUGCGAACACAUCUUAACGCAGCCAUCGACAAUUGGGCAAGUAGAUCCGGAUUUGCUCCACUCCCAGAUCGCUUUGCUACCCGGUUGCAGAGAUCUGAAAGGCCGAAGCAUUAUUGUAAUAACUACCGAUGCCAUCCGAGACAGUCUGCAGCUGUCUUCCUGCCAUUUAGCUCAACUGCUUUUAUACUUCCAUACUAUUCCUAAGAAAGAAGUCAUUUGCAAGGGGUUUUUAGUACUGAUUGAUGCUUGCAGCCCAGCUGAAGAUUUCUGGAACAUCCUAGAUGAAACGUUUUGCUUGAUUGAGGCCAACCUUUCAAAUGUGAUAAGCGAGGUGAUAGUCCUUUUCCAAGAAAAUGAAGAAAUUUUCGAUACUAGUUCUUUGUUUCCUACGAGUAGAAUGCAGUGCGAAAUAAUUUGUUCAACAGAUAAGCUUCUAAACUUCAUAGCAAAAAAACAGUUGCUCUGCAAGUAUGGGGGAACAUACUCAUAUGAUCACCAAGAAUGGAUUAGUUUCAGAAAAUUUCUAGAACCAUUCAUCAAUGGCUGCCGUCUUUCUGGUAGACAUCUUGUCUCACUUCUUGAAGAACUACGCGGGAGUCGUCUGCCAGUGUCUUCCACACUUACUCAUCAAAUGAUCGAACAACAAAAAAGAAACGUCACCCAUACUUUCCAUGACGAACAACUGCGUCACCUAGAAGAAGAAGGAGAUACUAUUCUUAAAGAGUUGCACUCUUAUAUGACACGAUCACCUCACAAUCAUGACUACAGGGAGAACUUGGAGAGAACCAGUGUCUUAUACGAUGAGCUAAGGAAAGCCAUGGUGAAGUUGGCGAGAUUAGCUGACAAAAGAUUGAAUCGGUUAGAAGAAUGCCUUCAGCUAAAGACAUUCCAAGAAGAAUCUAGUCAAGUGCUAUCAUGGCUAUGCCGAAAGGGGAACGAAUCUCUGGAGAAGCAUCAAGCCAUUGCCGAUUCUUUGGGAGCUAUUAAACAGCAGGAAGAAGAAUUUGAGAAAUUCUAUUUUCUGGCUAUGCGACAGAUUGAAAAGGGCAAUGACUUGCUGGAAGAAGUCUCCACACUAAGCCAUGAAACUUUUCUCACUAAGACCCAAGAAGAGAAAUCUUCUGAAACUACAGAAGAUAAGGUUGUGCAAGAUUUAGCUUUGUCACUGAAGCAACAUCUCGGCUCUUUCUCUGAAAAACUGGAAGGAACCCGAGAACGCAUCGAAGAUACUGCCAAAUGUUAUCAGCUAAUGGACAAAUCCUAUGAAUGGGCAUUAGAUGCCAUGAGAUUUACCUCAAAUAUGGGUAUUGCAAGCACCGAAAGUUUGGAUGGCAUUAUUCACCAAAUAAGAUGUUUGCAAGAUUAUGCAGAUAAUCAUCUAUGUGUUCCUGAAGACGUAUUUGCUGAAAUGAUGGAAAUUGCUUCAAGAUUAGGAAAUGAAAAGCUUCUUGAGCAAUGCAAGGUUGUAAAACUGCGUUGUGAAGAAACAGUUGAUUUAAUAAAAACUAGACAAACUACACUUCAAAAAGUGAAGCAGCAGAUGGAAGCAGAUGCCCUGAGAGGACCCUUCUGGGAAGCAGAGGAUGCAGCCCAAACCCCCCGCACAAUGCGUUCUCAUUCCACGCCAAUGAACUCAUGGCUUCCAGGAGGCACAAGCACCCCUCAUUUUUCUGGAAUUGCAAGUCAUCAGCGUCGGCGAUCUACUGGUGGCCCAAUGGGCAUGUGUAUAUCAUCUAAACGUUAUGGAUCUCCUAUUGGGUCUUACACUUCAUUUCCUAGUAGUUACUAUCCAUCUUCAAAAGACUCUUAUAAGAUGGAUUCAUAUAUUCAAGAAAAAGAAGACCAACUUCUUAACCAUCAUGGACUAAUUACGGAAGAUCUAACUUCUCAAGGACCUGUUGCGUCCAUAUCAAAAACUUUCCUAGAACCUAGAGUGUCGCAUUCAGAUGGACAUUCAUCAUCAUGUUCCUCCUCAUCUUCAAUUUGUAAAGACUUGAGUAAUGUUCUCCGCAGUUCUGGUCGAAGUAAAUCUUCAGAUACAGAAAACAGAACGUCCAAAAGACUGCUUAAGCGGUGCCAAAUGUGGCAUCUUCAAGAUGAUGCUCUUGAAAAAGCAAAGGCUGAAGUUAGAGAACAGACUGCCUUGCUUCGAGUAGAGAGGCUUCAAAGUUCCUUAGAAAAAAGUAGUAUUUGCAAACCUGAAGUGCUGGACACACCUAGUAAUGAAAAAUCAGAUUCCCGUCCAGAUCCUGCAAAAGGGCCUGUUCCAGUCAAUACACACCUUCUGAAUCAGUCUAGCUCUUCAGAUUCUACAGACCACAUAUCUCUUUCUGAAAAUAGUAGUAAUGACACAGAGGCUAAAUCCAAGAAGACUCUGAUGCUAAUAAUGAAAGAGCUGAUACAAACAGAACGAGAUUAUGUAAAUUCAUUAGAAUACAUUAUUGAGAAUUAUAUACCAGAGCUGAUGCGGGAAGACAUUCCUCAAGCAUUGAGAGGCCAGAGAAAUGUUGUAUUUGGAAACAUUGAAAAAAUUUAUGAAUUCCACAAUCAAUACUUCUUAACCGAACUAGAACAUUGUGAAAGUGCACCCUUCACUGUUGGACAAUGUUUUCUUGAUUUUCAACCACAAUUUUAUUUAUAUGCAUUGUAUAAUAAGAACAAGCCAAAGUCGGAUGCCCUCAUGUCAGAAUACGGAAAUUCUUUUUUUAGAAAAAUGCAGCUUGAAUUGCAAGAUAAAAUGGAUCUUGCUAGUUACCUUCUUAAGCCGGUUCAAAGAAUGGGAAAAUAUGCCCUUCUCUUGAAACAAUUGUUAAAAGAAUGUCCAGAAAGAGAAACUGAGCAUAAAGCUUUAAAGGCAGCUGAAGAAAUGGUUCGUUUCCAGUUGAGACAUGGCAAUGACCUUUUGGCAAUGGAUGCUUUGAAAGAUUCAGACGUAAAUGUGAAAGAGCAAGGUCGGCUGUUGCGUCAAGAUGAGUUUAUUGUGUGGCAAGGCAGGUCUCGAAAGUGCAUGCGUCAUGUUUUUCUGUUUGAAGACCUCAUUUUAUUUAGCAAAGCUAGAAGAGAUCCUCAAAGGAAAGGCUAUGAAAUGUAUCAAUACAAGCAUAGCAUAAAGACUACAGAUAUUGGUAUGACUGAACAAAUUGGAGAUAGUCCUACAAAGUUUGAGAUUUGGUUCCGUAAAAGGAAAUUGCAUGAUACAUUUUUACUUCAAGCUCCGAACACUGAAGUAAAAGCUGCUUGGGUUAUUGAGUUGAGGAAAAUCUUGGUAAAACAGGCGGUAAAAAACAGAGAAAAUCGCCUUGCAGAAAUGUCUUCUAUGGGCAUUGGAAACAAGCCAUGUUUAGAUAUUAAACCAAGUGAAGAUCAAAUCAGUGACAGAUCCAUCAGUUUGCAUCAAUUAGCUAGAGCUCCUCGGUUCCGGAAUUCAAUUGCAGUAUCUCCUUAUGAAUCUCGCAACAAUAGAAACUCUAUCAUAUCUGUGAGUUCCUCUUCAUCUUCAGGUAGCAGUCAGUCUUCAUUUUCAUUUUACGGAACCCUAAAUCUUGGCUUUGAACCUGGAGAUAGUCCAAGGCCUCUCCAUAGAUCUCUGACUCAGCAAUCACAAUGUUCAACUGAAAGUGGCUUCUGUACUGAUGCAAGUACAGCAGGUGACAGUCCAGAGAAUGAGCCAGUGCGGCAUAAAAGAGCUGAAAGAACUGAUAGUCUUUUAUCAAAUGAUUCCUUAUCAACUAAUGUUUCUCCAACAGAUGUCCCUUGUCCAAAAUUUGAACAAUCAUUGGAAGAGAACAUUACGACACCCAUGUAAUGUUUUCCUGCUUUGCUGGACUUAUAAUCUUCCAUUGUAUCAAAAAUUGAGGUCCAUUGCAAGAGCCGAGUGCCAUAUACUGAAAAUCAAGAGCUUUUGUCAUGUUCUUUUCUUGUAUUUAACUUAACACGAACAUGACAGAAAAAGCACGGGUUAAUAACUUUUUGUAAACUUUUAUUUAUUGAGAGUAUAUAUUGCACCUUGUACUGAGCUAAUGUUAUGGAAUACUAAUUUGGUAUUUCCACAACCUAUAUUUAGUCUGUUCACAUAUACAUUUACUUGUAUAUACUACCUCCUAUUGUCCACUCAGCAGUUUUGUUCAGAUUAUCAUACCUUUAUGAUCAACUCAUCUGAUGUGUAAAAAAUAACUUUGCUUUGAAACUAAGAGUUGUUCACAAAUGAUGUCUUGUUUGCACCGGGAGGGGAAAAAAUUGUGGCGAGAAAGGAAGGUGGUUACAAGAAGUAUGAUAUCAUGCAUUUUUUAUAAGAAUACUUUUAUGAAAACUAGCAUGACAUGUGUGGCAGAGAGGUAUGGUGAAGCAUGACACUUCGUGACAAAGAGGAAGGUCAAAAUUUUUUAAAAAAUAUGACAUCAUUUAUGGACGGCUCUUUAUUUAAAAAAAGAUGUUAUGCAUAUUUUUAUAUGCAUUUAAAUUUGACUAAUUUAUUCAUUAUUGUUAUUAUUAUUGAAAUUGUUUUGAGUUUUUAAAUAUUUUACUUACAUAUCAUAGCUAGAAUUAAUUCUUCAGACUUUAUUUUAAAUACAAGAUUCCCAAAAAGUUUAUAAUUUGGUCCAAAACUUAAAAAUACUUACAUUGUUGGUUAUUCCAUAUAUACAGUGCUAAAAUCAUGUGAGUACUAUCACUUAACAAACAAGAUGUUUGAUCAGAAAUCAAUGAGUCUAUUUGCCCAAUGCAACUUUGAUUUUGUAUUUCAAAGGCUUCUGUUGUCUAUAUCAUAAAACUGCUACUGUCAAUUUUUUACAAUUUAUUUGGCAUUUAAUUUCAGUUAUUAUAACCAGUAUCCAAGAAACUCUUCGAAUUUUAUUUGUCUUUAAAAAGAAUUUUUGAAACUCAUAAAUAUUACACACUAGUAUUUUCCUCUCUGAACUAUUUAGUCUGUAAAAAAUACUCUUUGUUAACUUUUGGUGCCAAAAUUGUCUUUUCUGCCAUUUAAUUUGUAACUAACAGCUUUAACUGCAUAAGUUUCUGUUAAAUAUUUUCCUUAAAAAUGUUUCAGAUAAUAUCAAAUUAAAAAAUCCAUAGGUUCUGUGUCCAAUGUUUUUUGGGAGCAAAAUUUAUCAUAUCCAAGUUUUACUUUUCAAAAUAAAGAGUAAAUUUUCUCUGUAAACCUGAAGACUAACUUUUUCUGCGAAAGUUUCAAAAACUAAUACAUGAAUUUGCGAAUAGAAAUGUAACACAUGAUUUGAGUAAAUUAACAAUUUUCUUUUGAAAAGAAAAGUUUUAUCUGUAUAAAUAGUUUUCAGACAGGCUACUUUCAAAUUUUUUCUGAAUUUAAGCUUAAUGAAUUUUUUAACAAGAUAUUAAGUCAGCUUUGUGCUGUUAUUUCAUUACUUUUUUUUUUUUUUUUAAUUUUACUCAUUAUUAGCCCAAAUUUAAUUAAAUAAAGUUAAGUAAUAUUUAUAUGUUACAAAACUAUGUUUUGAUAAAAUUAGAACAUAAAAACAAAUAAUAUAAAGCUUCUGAGAAGAUAUUUAAUAAAUACUACUGGUGGAUAAAAAAAUGCUUUAAAAAUUUCUAUUAUUUGAAUACCUCUGUUUUUCUUCCAAAGAAAUGCCAACUACUGAAACAAAAAUUGUGAUAUUGUGAAAAGUAGCUCUAAAUUGAAGAAAUAUUUGCCUUAUUUUAAUAACCACUAUGAUAAAUGUACAAAAUAAUUUAAUAUGACUUUUUGUUCUGAAAAUACAAUAAUCAAAUAUAUUUUCUUCAAUGCAUGAAACAUUUGCGCAGAAACAGACAAUAUAUUACUCUUUAAAUCACUAAAUAAUCAGCGCAAAAUCUAUAUAAGUUUAGCAAACAUGGAAAUCAACAUUUAAUGCGUUAAAAACUGAUGCAGCUGUUUCAAGGCAACAUGAAACCUUUUUGGUUCACAUGAAUGAUAGACUGUUGCUUAAAAAUUGCAUAAGUAGCCUAAAUCAGGGUUUCCAACAUUGGAGAAACAAUUUGAGGAGCAUCUUUGGUGAUUUUGAGGAGCAUUUUGAAAUUUUGCGGAGCAGAUCGGUAUUUUAUAUAAAAAUCAAUUUAAAAAAAAAAUAAACCUGUUAUCUAAAAUUCUUUUUGAGCUUUGAAAUUCAUUUCAAGCACUAGCAUAAGAAUUAUUAUUUUCAAAUUUAUAACAUUUUAACCCAAAAAUUUUAAACACUAUGUCUUCCUUUGAGUAUAAGGGUUUAAUUUUCAUAUUUACAUGCCUAAUAAACUAGCAAAAUAAAAUUAAAAUAAAUUUAAUCAUUGGUGAGUCUGGUUAGAAUCAAGACCAAACGGGAAAUGCAGAGCAAAAAAACUUUUCUAUGGAGCUGCGGAGUUUCACUAUUUUUACAGAGCAACUCCGCAAAAUGUGGAGCAGUUGACAACCCUGCCUUAAUACAGGUGUGUGUAAUGCUCAUAUACUUAUUUCUACUACAUUGACAUUUCAUGAUAUUCCUAUCACAAGGACUUUUAUUUAUUUAUUUUUUAAAAUCAUUUUUGCAGUAGUUGGCAUUUCUGUUUUAGUUAACUGCAAAAGAUAUUUGAAUUAUAAUAAAUUUAAAAGGCAAAACCUCUUGAAUUAAAAUUUAUUGUAAAUGAUUUCCUUACAUUGUGCCUCUUCGUUAAAGAUCUGAUUCUGCAUUUUCAAAAACAAUGUUUAUAUAAAGUGUUUUUAUGUUCUGUGCUGUUACAGUGGCAUCUUAGAAAAAUUGUCUAUCACGAAUUUCAAAAUCAAAAAAACUGAUGAAUGAAAAUUUAUUUCACAGGUGCAAUUUAUUACUAAAUAUAAUAUAUAUUGUGAUAGUGCAAUACAUUUUUAUAUUCAGGCAAUCCAACAAAUUUCAGGUCACUGCGUAUAUAUAUAUAUAUAUAUUUGAAAAGUGUACUUUGGUGCCACUGAUUUGUAAAUAUGAUUUGUACAGAAAACAAAGCUUAUUACCAGCUUCCCCAAGUGCUGUGGAUGUUGACUAGUGCCAUUUGGUGUUUUGAAAUUAAAUGUAAUAACUAGGCAGCACUCAUAUUAAGCUGUUCUGGCAGCUUUUUGUACAUUGAUUCCUGUAAGGAUUUGCAAGAUUUAAUAAAGUAUUUGAUUAUUCA